AUGAUAAAACCUGAAGAUAUUCCAGACUUUAGUGACUGUCCCUCAGAAAGAAAUGACUUCUAUGACGAUGGCGACGACAUUAUCAUUUCUUCUGAGAAUAAACAGAGAACUGCCCGAGAGAUCUCACUUAAAUUUCGCUGGUGAAUGGAUGUUCACAAAAUUCCAGUGCUUUCAACAGAUACGCUGAGCAAGGCUGUAGCUCAGUUAUCUGUCAAACUUAAAGUCCCACCCUCUAAAAUACUUCUCAUGAGGAAUGGUGAUGAGCUUUCUGUUCACUUAAGUGCAUUUGUGUUUGCGCUAUCAUACUGUCUUGCGAUAACCGACAAAUUAGAUAAAAGCAGCUGUGAUGUCAUCGCUCCACGACUGCAGGGCAAUGAAAAAGGAUCUGCAAAGAAAUAUUCCUUACAUAAGGAUGCUCUUCUGGGUUCCAUCCUGUCACAGUACACUUCAGGUCUGUCUGCUGCUGCUAAGCACAAGGUCAAAUUCCUCUUUGAUGGAUUAAAGGUGAAGCAUAGCCAGGCACCUUCACAGCUGGAUAUGGAGGAUGGUGACAUCAUUGAAGUCUGGGCUUGA